CCCUUUUUUACCGCAAUUGUGUGUAGAAUCAUGCAAACCUUUUUUCUUCUAAUAUUUCCUAAUAUUUUGCGGUAAAAUUAUUCCAAUUGUUUGUUGUGGUGUUUUGAAAAUGUGACAGCAAAAAUGGCGCCAAACUGUUGAAACAGAAAAAAUCAAAAAACAAACAGCAUUCCAAAGCGACCGGGUGUAAAGUUAUUAUUUGUGUUGAAAGUGUGAUUUAUUCUAUGAUAUUGUUUGAAAAAUGGCAUCUUUUAAGCCAAAGAAAAAACUCACGCCUCCGGAGAAAGGAUCGGACUUCGCUUUCCCGUUUCUAGCGUACGAUAUUCAGCUAGAUUUCAUGCAAACGCUCUACACGGUGCUACACUCGGAGGGUAUCGGAAUCUUCGAAAGCCCUACCGGAACCGGCAAAUCGUUAAGUCUCACCUGUGGGACACUGACCUGGCUAAAGGACUAUGCACGGCUGGUCGAAGAGGAGCUGCAUGAAACGAUCGGCCGACUACGGAACGAAAUAACCCGACUGGAAAAGGAGAACGAACGUUCAAGCGACUGGAUUACGGGACAGUACAACGCAAUGGGUCAGCGAAAAGAGCUGGAUGAGUUGAACGGGUUUAAGCAAUCGAUGGAGGAACACCGGAAGCAUCUGGUACAGAUGAAAGAGCAAGCGGUUCUGCACAACAUUCGAUGGGAGAAGGCACGAUCGAAAGACGGCACGCUGAAGGAAGAACCGCUCCAGCAGGACGUUAUCAUCGAUGAGGAUGAACAUUUGAUUCCGGAAGAAAGUGACGACAGUGAUGGCGAACCGGAUCUUGGUGGAGGAAAAGACGAGGAGGAGCGAUACCGUCCGGUGCAGGUGAUUUACUGCAGCCGUACCCAUUCCCAGCUAUCGCAGGUGGUGAACGAAGUGAAGGAAACGCAACACGCGAAGGAUCUCCGGCUCGUGUCACUUGCCUCCCGGCAAAGUCUUUGCAUCAAUGCGGAGGUACGCAAACUGAAGACUAAUACGCUUAUAAACGAGCGCUGCCUGGAGUUGUUGAAAAAGGGAAGAAAAAGUAAAUCGAACUCCGGGGAUGGCGAUGGUCCAGGUACGAAAAAACGAAGGAAAAUUGCUCAAUCGUGCCCUUACUACAACCAGCGGGCGAUAGAAGGGUUGAAAAGUGGGAUCCUGUUCGAAGUACCCGAUAUAGAAGAUCUGGUGAGGGCAGGGAAGCGCGAAAGCGCUUGUCCGUAUUACGCCUCCCGUGCGGCCAUUCCCGACGCACAGGUGUUGAUGGUUCCCUACCAGCUAAUCUUGCACCGGCGCACCCGGCAGCAGUCGGGGAUUGAACUACGCGACGCGAUCCUCAUCAUCGACGAGGCACACAAUCUGCUGGACACGAUCGCUGCCAUCCACAGCCAGGAAGUACGGCAGGAGCAGCUGCGGCAGGCAAAGCUGCAUCUAUCCGCCUACAAGGCACGAUACUUUUCACGAUUUUCCACGAAAAAUCUACUCCGCAUAAAUCAGGUGAUCUUCAUCGCUACCCGGCUCGAGAAAUUAUUGUCCACCGAGGGCCAAUCGUCACGAAUGCUUCAAACCCAGGAGCUUUUGCUCGAGGCCGAUAUAUUUAAUUUGAAUCUACCGGACAUUCUUGCCUUCUGCGAUCGAUCGAGGAUUGCGCAGAAGGUGCACGGAUUUGCGCAAAGCGCACCACGCGAACUGCUCGACACGCCGAACGUUGCUUCCGUUCGGAGGAAGGUUGGCACCACAUCGAAAGGAUCGACGAGUGCGCUUAAGUCGCUGCUAAAGAAUCUCGAGCAAGAUAACAAAGGUAGGGCGGCACCGAAGAAGAAGGAUGAACGAGGAUCCGAAUCGGGGCAGGUGGAGAACGAUCAGGAAAAUGAUCAGCAAGUACAGGCAAAGCCACCGGUAACGAAUGCAGUACGACCGUUGAUUAACUUUCUCGAGUGUUUGAUGGAAGACGGCAGUGGCGAUAGUCGCGUACUGUUAUCGUUCGAUGAAAAGGACCCGUCGCAGGCGUGUAUGAAGUAUCUGCUCCUAAAUCCGGGUGCACGGUUCGAAGAAAUCGUACAGAGCUGUCGAUCGGUCGUACUAGCGGGCGGAACGAUGCAACCGACGGAAGAGCUAACGGAGCAGGUAUUCCGUCAUCACCGGGACCGGGUUACAAUUCGAAGCUAUCCUCACGUGGUCCCGAAGGAUGCCGUCCUUCCGAUUGCGCUUGGGCGUGGACCAACCGGGAAGGAGUUUCUAUUUAAUUUCGCCAACAAACAGAAUGUCCCGAUGCUAGAGGAGCUUCAAUCGACGCUACUCAACAUAAGCCAGGUGGUUCCGAACGGCAUUGUGGUGUUUUUCAGCUCGUACGACUUUCUGGACCAGUUCUACCGGAAGCUGGAAGAAUCCGGUAACCAUGCUCGGCUGGAGGAGCGUAAGAAAGUGUUUCGUGAGCCAAAAACAUCCGGACAGGUAGAGCGCAUCUUGCACGAUUACGCACGUGCCGCACGAUCGGCGACCGGCGCCAUUCUGUUCAGCGUGGUCGGUGGAAAGCUUAGCGAGGGGCUAAACUUUUCCGACGAACUUGGCCGGUGUGUGGUGGUGGUUGGCUUACCCUACCCGAACCGUACCAGUGCGGAGUUGAACGAACGGAUGCGAUACCUUGACCGGUGCCUGACCGCAUCGGGUGUGGCUGGUUCGUCACCCGGCAAUGAAUACUAUGAGAAUCUUUGCAUGAAGGCCGUCAACCAGUGCAUUGGCAGAGCGGUCCGGCAUAUACGGGACUAUGCGGCGGUGAUUUUACUCGACACGCGGUACUGCACGGGCGAACGGAUUCGGCGGAAGCUACCGGUGUGGAUUUCGGAGCGCAUGGAGUGUGUGGAUCAACGGUACGGGCAGGCGCACGGGAUGCUGGUGAAAUUUUUCCGUCAACACAAGCUCAAGGCGUGAGGAGAGCUAAUGGAGGCUUCUUCUAUUCUUCUCCACCAGCGAGAGAAAGAUCGCCCGAACGGCUCAAGCUGCAGACUCAAAUUCAUGGAAAUCGAUGCCGGGAAAUCCAACGUGCUGGAGAUAGAUUUCUGGAACGAAACCAUGACACAUGCCAGCGCGUCCAAAUGCCACGUUCCGAGUGAAUCGUAGACGUGUGCUGGCGUCUCCGGCAUGAGCCGUUCUUGGAGGCGCCUCACCGCCGUCAUCGUAACUGUCGCGAAAGUAGCGAAGGUAAGUGCAGAGACGUGAUGAAAUUUGAUUCCAUUAUACUGAUCCCCGAGUGCCUUGCCUCCACCCCCCCGCCCCCCGCCUGAGCUGCCUGCCGUGGAGAGGUUAAAUACUUGGGGCAAUAGAUUGGUUUACAUCGUCCUGAUAAUUGCUGCAUUGUUUUCGAUGCUGUUUACGAGGAGGAUGCAAUUACUGAGCAAUUUCUCGUUAGUCUGUUGGGCUGAGAUGUCACAACUGGUUACACGGACUUGGGUUUGAUAGAAUGUAUAGGGUGGUUGAUGAGAAAUGUUGAAGUUUAAGCUAAAGUCUGGCGAUCAAUAAGUCCUCGAAGAAUGGACUUAGGACGUCUAGUAUGUAGCAAGCGUCCUAACGCUCUGACACUUUACAAAAUUGACAGAUAUGAUAGACGGUCUCUGUUGCGAACGCGACAGCGCUAGGGACAGAGGAAGGUAACCUUGGGCAUAAUCAAACCAAAUCUUGAUUAAACAUGUUGCAUGAAAGAAACAAUUCUUUCGAUAGAAUGUCCCACGCACCGAGAAGAUUUCAGCUUAGGCAGCAAAUCAGCGCGGAUAAGGCAUUAGCAGCGCGUGACCAAUGUUUAUGAUACAGUGUGGCGUACACAACGCCUUUAGCUCGGUGCUAGAGCAUCGAAAAUGUUUAUAGAACAAUGCGCGCCUCGACAUGCGCAUUCAGCGCGAUUAACGUUUACAUACAGCAUGUGACAAACGGCAAGUGCGUCCAGCGCGAUGAAUGUUUACCUUAUGUGAAACGCAAGUGUUCCUGAUCAAUGAACAAACAUUAUAGCAUGGGUUUGAACUGGUGGUUUGCGACCACGAUAGUGAGUUAAACUUUAGCAUAAUGCGGCGUUAGCAUAAAGGAUACGUAAACACAAGCUGGAAUAGUAAACACAAGGAAAUAGUUAAACAAGAAAGAAUGAUCUUUCGUCUCAUUCUAAGGUACCCCAAAAUUAGUAUAUAAGAAAUCAACUUAUUCAAUAAAGAGGACACAAAUCUUAACCGGCGAA